GCUCAUGAUAACCAACUUGAUUUGGUGCCGCAUUGAUGCUAUGUGGCAAGUUUCCUUGAAGAAUCGCAGCGGUAGGAUUUUAUUAAAGAAUCUCUCUGUUGCAUGCUGAGGUCAACUACUCGUAAAAGCCACCGAAUGGACCGGCUCUGGAAUCUGGAUGCCAUCAUGGCUUGCUCCAGGCUGAUAUGGCGCCGCAGGGAUGCUAUGUGGCAAGUUUUUCUUGAAGAAUCGCUCCAGCGUCAGGGGACGUGGGAGAGGUUUGUUUGGACGUCAGGGAACGAGGAAGACGAGCUCGCCGUCGCAGAACCUUGCUGGUUUCGCAGGCUGCGGUGGCAGUACAGUACAAUCGCUGCCACGCGCAGCCAGUGGGGCGCUGGAGCCCAGCCGGCCGGCAAAUGGGAUCUCCUAUGUUUUGGUUGACCGAAGUUUGCUUGGCACAGGUCCAAACAAUGCGCGGGAGAAGUCCACUCAAUGCGCGGGAGA